CGCGGCUCAUCAUCUUCGGCCUGCUAACAGCUCUCUUGCUGCUUCAGGAAAGUAGCUGCGAUGCUCCUGUUUCCGAUUCGGCAUCAUUACCGUUGGAGCACCGCGCUGUAUAUGGGCCUCCACUAUCUGGACCUGGUGGAUACGCUCCACCUUCACUGCUGCAAGGAGCCGGCGGGGCGCAGAAUUCUGACGAGCCUUGGCCGUUAGCCACCCCCGAUAUGCCACAAAUCAAGCAUCUACAAGUGCAAUGCGAGAAGACCCAUAUGCGAGUCAACAUCGAAUUCGACCGUCCCUUCUAUGGAAUGAUCUUCUCCAAGGGCUUCUACAGCGAUCCGCACUGUGUACAUUUGAAACCUGGAACCGGUCACCUCAGCGCCACCUUCGAGAUCUUCCUCAACAGCUGCGGCAUGUCCUCUUCGCCAAACCACAACAGCAACUACGGAAGCCCAACUCCGAGCGGCACCUACGUCGAGAACACUAUCAUCAUUCAGUACGAUCCUUACGUGCAAGAGGUCUGGGAUCAAGCCAGGAAACUGCGUUGCACUUGGUACGACUUUUACGAGAAGGCCGUCGCCUUCCGUCCAUUCCAAGUCGAUAUGCUGCACGCCGUCACUGCUAACUUCCUCGGCGACAACCUGCAAUGCUGGAUGCAGAUCCAAGUAGGCAAGGGACCAUGGGCAUCUGAAGUAUCCGGUAUCGUGAAAAUCGGCCAAACCAUGACCAUGGUGCUUGCUAUCAAGGAUGACGAAAACAAAUUCGAUAUGUUGGUGCGUAACUGCGUUGCUCACGAUGGCAAGCGUGCUCCCAUUCAACUCGUGGACAAGUUCGGUUGCGUAGUCCGCCCGAAGAUUAUGAGCAAGUUCCAGAAGAUCAAGAACUUUGGACCAUCUGCAUCCGUCGUCUCCUUCGCUUACUUCCAAGCUUUCAAAUUCCCCGACUCCAUGAACGUCCACUUCCAAUGUGUCAUCCAAGUCUGCCGUUACAACUGCCCAGAACCGAAGUGCGGAUAUGGCAAUGGAUUAGAAGCUGCCUACGGACCACCACAAUUAGGAGGAAACGUUGAUUUCGCUGGUGCCGGACAUGCUGAAUAUGGACCACCACCAUUACCCGAUUACGGUGCGCCAGCUGCCUUCCCCGACCCAAGACAUCCAUCUGGACCAAGCGGAGCCUAUUCCGAGAACAACCCUGACAUCGUUCCAGCCCCGCAAGCUCAAACUUCAUCCUCGUCCACCUCAAACCCACCAAACCCAUCAUCCCCAUCCCCGCAAAUCCAAGGAGACAUCCACCUUCCGCCACCACCACUACCAGGACAUCACGCUCUUUACAAUACUGUUAGAAAAACAGGCAUCGCUGACGAAUUCGAAGGCAACUUGGCUACCUUAGGUGGCAAACCAAGAUCUGUAGAGAACUUUCCAGCUGAACUUCAAGGAGUUCGUAGGAGGCGUGAUGUUAUGAACGUUGUUGUUAGUCGUGUCUACAAGCGCGAAGCACAAGCUAUGACCGAUGUCAACACCAGCAGGAUCAUCCAAGUAGUCGCUCCCGGUGAUGUAAACUUCGCCUUGAACUCGGCAGCCAGUAACGAGACUGUUGUCAUCCAGUCGGCUUCAUCUUCCGACCCGGAGACCAUUUGCAUGUCAGUGCCCAGCUUCGUCGCUGGUCUUGUUAUGCUGCUGCUCGUCCUCAUCGUCGCCAGUUUGGUGGCUGCCUUCCUCUUCGUCCGAGUGCGCGCCAUCGACCGCAAAGGAACUGCGAGCACCUUCAUGAGUGCUAGAGGAUACGACAACUCCGAAUUCGUGAAAGUGGCCAACUGACAUUCCAUCCUCCUUCGCCGACCGAUUUAAUGUUGUUGUUAAUUAUUACUUUUUUUAAUAUCAAUGUAGGUGUUGUAUCAAGGUUCCAAAGAUGUUCAGGUUAAGAGUGAUCAUUACGUAAAAUUAGUGCGACGGAUCCAAAACUCAUACACAUUUAUACACAGAGCACACAAACUCACUUACACACGCGUAAAUCAAACACCAAAUCCCCCGCCCACACCCUCAUCCCACUAUUUAUUAUCUAUUAACCUCAUCCUAUCUUCUCUCACAUCUAAUUUAUUUAAUUAUUUAUACGUACUGUCUAUACCUUCUUUUUUUUUUGUUUGUUUUGUAUUUCGCCUUAAUUGAGUAUAUUUCGUGUAAGAUAUAAUUAUUAAUUAGUAUUUCACUUGUAAGGAAGCCAUGGAGGAGCUGCAAACUACAACUAGUCUAGUAGCUAGUAGGGAUCACAACUACAUGUGUAAAUAACUUAGAGAGUAAAUACUCAAGCAAACGAAUUUCUUAUCGAUAAUUUAACAGAAGAAUUUAACGAACGAAAUUAACGACGAUAGCAACCAAUAACAAAGGCAAACAUUUCGCUUUACUCAUUCUUAAGUGAUAUAACCUUUAGCCGCCAUAAUCGAGAAUAGCUUGCAUUUCGUUAUAUAAGCGAACGAGUUAAGGGGGUUGUGGGUGCACUUAAUGA